AUGAAGCCGAGCUACCGGUCGCUGAUUCUGCAGGCCCUCCACGAAGCCUCGAAGCUUUCGCCAAGAGCAAGGCUGCACCACCACUUGCGAAUCAAGAGCAUCUUCAAGAAACUGCUCCAGAGUCAAUAUGCCCAUCCUUCGGCAUCAUGGGCAAAGAUUCUCUCCCAUCGUCUGUCGGGGCUUGUGGAUGAGGGCACGCUGCUGAAUGAUGGCCGGUGUUUUGGUCUGGCGCACCCUCUUGUCAAGGAUAUUCGGCACAGUGACGGCAGCUCUCAGGCAAUCGACCGUAUCUACCGACAGUUUGUGCGGAACAAAAAGGGUGGGGCUCCUCCUCGAGCAGCUUCCAAGACCAAGUCUGGAGGCAAGAGACAAACUGCAGCCAGCGGGAAAGGCAGCACGAAGACCAAGACUAGGACUAAGGGCCGUGCUGCCAAAACACCGAGAAAGAAAACCAGCAUCAAGGGCAGCAGCAGCCUGAGCGCUCCGCUCGGAACACAGGCCUCGACGCUCUCGGAGGAUUCCAUCGGCAAACCCGACAUUGUUUUCAGCUUCGAUGCCACCGGCAGCAUGUAUACAUGCUUCGAAAAGGUGCGGCAGACCAUCAAGAAUGCUGUCACCCGGCUGCUGACCAACAUUCCCGAUAUCCGCAUCGCGCUGAUAGCUCACGGGGACUACGACACCAACUACGUGACGAACAUGCUGGACUUUUCCGCGGACGCCAAUGCGCUUGUUGCUUUCAUCGAUGAGGUGCAGGUGGCCCAGAAAGCCGUUCCGAGCAGAGACUACGAAGAAUGCUAUGAGUAUAUCCUGCGCGAGGUCCGCACCAAGCUGAGCUGGAGACCUCCGGGCGAGUCGGCGCGCUCGCUGGUGAUGAUCGGCGAUGCCAUUCCCCACCCGCUUGGCCCCGGAAAUCCCUACAACAUCGACUGGCGAGCUGAGGCCACGGCUUGUGCAGGGGACAAGAUCCGCUGCUAUGCUGUCCAGUGCUUCAGCUAUGCGUCGUCGCGAAUCUUCUAUCAGACGCUUGCCACCAUCACCAAGGGCGUUUAUCUAUCACUGGCGCAGUUCGAGAUGCUGCCGGAUCUGCUUAUCGCAAUCUGCCUCCGCGAAGGCCCGAUGCCCAACGACAACAUCGAGCGCUUUACAAACGAGCUGCGCUCCGCUGGUCGAUUCUCGCAGAGUCUCCACGCCCUCUUUGCAGUGCUGACGACGCCAGAGACACACGCAUAA